GCCUCGUAUAAAUACAAACCGAUCUGGUCUCCCUUACUUCCAUUCCAUCCAUCAAAUAUUCAUACAAACACCACGUAGUGUAAACUUUGCUGCUCUUGCACACCAUUUAUAUUCUCACACACAUCACGCAGUUCAAUCUACAAGCUAUGAGCUCAAUUACAAUGAAGAGAGGGAGAGAAGAGGCAGAGUUAGACAUGGCCAAUUGCUUGAUGCUACUUUAUAAAGUUGGCAAAGCUGAUGAUCAUGAGCUGCCAACUAAUUAUAAAUCAUCGUCACCAUCCGGGGCCGGUCGCUUGUUUUCGUGCAAAACAUGUAACAAGAAUUUCUCUUCAUUUCAAGCGUUAGGAGGCCACCGUGCAAGUCACAAGAAACCAAAACUUGUGGGAUCAACUGGGAACUUGUUAAUGAAGUUGCCCAAUUCGCCUCCAAAGCCAAAGAAUCACCAGUGCUCUAUUUGCGGGCUUGAAUUUCCUAUCGGGCAAGCGCUUGGAGGUCAUAUGAGGAGGCAUAGGGCUGGUAAUAUUGAUGCUACCAGUAACAGUGCUGAUAAUGAACUGGCUGUGACUUAUCCACCUUUCUUACCAGCCAUCCCAGUUUUGAAGAAAUCGAAUAGCAGCAAGAGAGUCCUGUGCUUGGAUUUGAGCUUGGCACUGCCUAUGGAUCAGAAUGAGUCGGAGUUGCAGUUAAGGAAGGCCGGCACGCGACCUGUGUUGAAAUGUUUUAUCUAGGCUUUAAUUUUGAAUAGAUUUUUUAUUUUUUCUGUUCAUAUACCACCUUCUAGUACGACGCCUACGUACGUAGUUGGGAUUUUUUACUAAUCAGAUUCAUUCAGUUCUUUUGUA